UCCCUCGCUCCAGUAUUAUGUAGCUUUUUUCCUUCUCUCUCCCUUCUGUCUUCUAUUUCUGUGUUUGAAUGGAGAAGCUGGGUUCCCCAGGACCUGCACAGCCCUUGCAGGGUGAAGGGCCCGUUGCUGGGGUUUCUGUUGCCAAGACUGCAGGGGUUGUGGGAGAUGAGGAGGCGACACUGGCCAGCUCAAAACUGUUCCGGUGUGCGUGUGUGAGACGCUGGCUACCACUGGCCUACAGAGAAGAACUUUACCAAGUCUUGCUGCUCACAGGCCCACUGCUGCUGUCUCGGAUUCUGCACUUUCUCCUGCAGUUUGUUAUCAGCAUAUUCUGUGGUCACAUUGGCAAUGCUGAACUGGCUGGAUAUGCACUGGCCACAGCGACUGUUAACGUGACCACAUCUGCAACAGGCUAUGGCCUCGCUCUGGCUUGUGACACACUUAUUUCUCAGACAUACGGCGGUAAGAACAUGAAACGUGUGGGAGUUAUUCUACAGCGGAGUUCACUGAUCCUGCUGCUGUUUUGUGUGCCAUGCUGGGGUCUUCUCAUAAACUCUCAGAACCUACUGCUCCUCAUGCACCAAGAGGAAGAGGUGGCGAGAAUUGCCCAGCUCUAUGUGAUGGUAUUUCUACCAGCUGUUCCAGCCAUGUUCCUGUACCAGCUUCAGGUUUCCUACCUGCAAAACCAAGGGAUCAUUCUGCCUCAGAUGUACACAGCAGCAGCAGCAAACAUCCUUAACUUAUUAUUCAACUAUGUGUUAAUCUUCAGCCUCGAAAUGGGCGUCACUGGAUCAGCAAUUGCUAGCAGCCUCUCUCAGAUCACCAUCUGCCUGCUGUUGUUUGGCUACAUCAGGUGGAAGAAGCUCCAUUUGCAGACGUGGGGAGGUUGGACCACUGACUGUCUGCAGGAAUGGGGCUCUUAUAUGAAGCUGGCUAUCCCCAGUGCAUUUAUGAUCUGCUUUGAAUGGUGGAUCUGGGAGGUUGGAGGUUUCCUUGCCGGUUUACUUGGUGAAGUGGAUCUGGCUGCCCAGCACAUCAUGGUGGAAAUUGGAGCGAUAACAUACAUGUUUCCUUUAGGUGUCCAUGCAGCUGCCUGUGUGCGUGUUGGGAAUGCUCUUGGGGCUGGAGACACAGAGAGAGUCAAAGUCACCUGUAAAGUGGCCCUAGCUCUGUCAGGAGUUCUUGCUGUGUUCCAGGGUAUUGUCCUCGCAGGCUCUAAGUCGGUGAUUGGCUACAUAUUCACUUCUGAUCCCAACAUUGUGGAGAUUGUGUCAGAGAGCCUCACAGUCUACAUCUUUGUACAAUUCUUCGAUGCACUUCUGUGUGUCUGCGCAGGGAUUCUUAUAGGAUCUGGGAUGCAGAAAAUUGCUGCCUUCACCAACUUGGUGGGUUACUACUGCAUUGGCCUGCCAGUGGGAAUAGCUCUGAUGUUUAAGGCCAAGCUGAGGAUAUUAGGCUUGUGGCUGGGUAUCGCUAUAUGUUCCUUCAUUCAGACGGGCUUCUUUCUUUUUCUGAUCUUUAAACUCAACUGGAAAAAAGUCACAUACAAGGCUCAAAAGCGAGCUGGGACAAAAGCACUGGCGACACCAAAAUGUUCUGUAUUGACGAAUGAAGCGAUGCUGCCGGGCCUUCCCGACACAGCCCAGUUGAACAGCGAAGGAGCUUCUAAAAACAAAGACUACAACAGUGUCAGUACCCAGGAUGAGGAGCUGAAAGUGGAUCAUGUGGGCAACAAUAUUAACACAGGAGAGGCUGAGAAGGACGCAGAGCAGAGCAAAAACACCAAACCUGUGAAGCUGCUCUCUGUCAAUCAGCUGAUCUUGCGUAGGGGAUUAACCCUCUUGGUUACAGUUCUUAUUUUGGCUGUAGGUGUUGCUUUCCACAUUGCUUUUCCUCCUCCAGAGCCCAGCGCUCAAGGCUGGGCCAAUGUCACCCUGAACUUCACCAGUGAUUCCACUCCUACACCACUGGCCUCACUAAACCUGACCCAAAACGUCUGAGUUAUCUUUGAUCUCCAAAUGCAGACAACUGAAAUGCUGAAUUCCUCCGUAGUUGCACAUAUUCUCUUAAACUUGGGCUAUUAUUUUUUAAAGCCACCUGGAAUGGCCUGAUGGUUAUAUUUUUGUAGAGAAACAUGUAUAAGUUAUGAUGUUAAGCAUCAUAAGACUGAAACUGGCAGGAAGAACGAAGGUCUUGCUACAAAGAUCACGUUUUCCUGCAGAUAGUUUAAUUUUUCAAUGAAUUAUUGACUUGAUUUACAUCUUGCACUGUGAAAGACAUAUUCUUGCUUACUGACCUAAAAUCAUUUUCUUGUCUUUUAACUUUAAGAUUGACUGUACAUAUCUGAUGUAAAAUUUGCAUUUGUGCAUAUAAAUGUGUAAUACACAGUGUAACUGUAUGAGCAGGUGAUACAUCACUAUUGCACUGUCUUUACUGUAUAACUGUUACUCUGUCUUGGUAGUCUUCAGGACAGAGGUGAUUGAUAAAUAAUAAGCUGGUAACUUUAUAUUAAUAUAUGUACUGUGGUAGCACACUGAUCAAUAAAAAAAAUACGUUUAAA